AUGGAGGAGCCAAUGGCGUUUUCUCCCCUGCGUGGCUGUGACAGGUGUCCGGCUGAUGAUUCUUUAAAAAAAUAAGAGCAGAGUGUUAAACUUUCAGUUAUUAAAAGAGAUAUCGAGGAGCUUUGUGAAGCUGUACCACAGCUUGUCAGUGUGUUCAAAAUUAAGGAAAAAAUUGGAGAAGCCACCUUCAGCUCUGUUUAUUUGGCCACAGCACAGUUGCAAGAAGGACAUGAAGAGAAAAUUGCGCUGAAACACUUAAUCCCCACAAGUCAUCCUGUGAGGAUUGCAGCAGAGUUUCAGUGUCUGACGGUUGCAGGGGGGCAAGACAAUGUCAUGGGAGUUAAGUACUGCUUAGGAAAAAAAGAUCAUGUGGUUAUUGCUAUGCCAUAUCUGGAACACGAGUCUUUUUUGGACAUUUUGAAUUCUCUUUCCUUCCAAGAAGUUCGGGAAUAUAUGUUUAAUCUUUUCAUAGCUUUGAAACGUAUUCAUCAGUUUGGUAUUGUUCACCGUGAUGUGAAGCCCAGCAAUUUUUUAUACAAUAGACGCCUUAAAAAAUAUGCCUUGGUGGACUUCGGUUUGGCCCAAGGAACACGGGACACAAAACUAGAACUGCUCAAGUUUAUCCAGUCUGAAGCUCAGCAGGAAGAUUGUUCACGAAACAAGUAUCACGGAGUCACUGGACACAAGGGCCCACUGAGUCGCCCGGCACCUAAACAUGGGGAUCAGCAGUGUGCCACAAAACCUUCUCUCAAAAGACCCUACUCAAACACACAACUUCACAUUAAGCAAGGAAAAGACGGAAAGGAGGGAUCAGUAGGCCUUUCUGUCCAGCGCUCUGUUUUUGGAGAAAGAAAUUACAAUAUACACAGCUCCAUUUCCCAUGAGAGCCCUGCAGAGAAACUCAUCAAGCAGUCAAAGACUGUGGAUAUAAUAUCAAGAAAGCUAGCAACAAAAAAGACGGCCAUUUCUACAAAAGCUAUGAAUAGUGUGAUGAGGGAAACUGCCCGGUCCUGCCCAGCCAUCUUCACUUGCGACUGCUAUGGGACAGAUAGAGUCUGCAGCGUUUGCAUGUUGAGGCAGCAGCAGGUUGCCCCUCGGGCAGGCACACCAGGAUUCAGAGCGUCAGAGGCCCUGACAACGUGUCCUGACCAGACGACAGCGAUUGACAUGUGGUCUGUAGGUGUCAUAUUCCUGUACUUGCUAAGUGGGCGGUACCCGUUUUACAAGGCCAGUGACGACUUAACUGCUUUGGCUCAAAUCAUGACAAUUUGAGGAUCCAGGGAAACUAUCCAGGCUGCUAAGGCUUUUGGCAAAUCAAUUUUGUGUAGCAAAGAAGUCCCAGUACAAGACUUGAGAGCACUGUGUGAGAGACUACGGGGUCUGGACUCUGCCACUCCCAAGUCAGCUGUUGAUCCUGCUGCUUCAGAGAACACUGACCAUAAAGCGUCCCAUGUACAGGCUUCUCAAGCACAGCACUCAGAAAAUACCUUGUAUAGAAGGGACAGUGACGGCUGUCAGAGUCAUCCCCAAGACUAUGCCAACUCAGAAGGCUGGGACUCGGUACCCGAUGAAGCCAAUGACCUGCUUGAUAAACUUCUGAAUCUAAACCCAGCCUCAAGGAUAACAACAGAAACAGCCUUAUUACAUCCAUUCUUUAAAGACAUGUGCUCCUGA